GCAACGUCAAAAAUAAACAGAAAAUAUUAUCACUCAUAGCACGGAGGUAUUCAGAGAUUAUAACGCAAUUAAAAAAAUAAUACUAUUACAAUGAGUUUUCGUGAAGAGGAUAAGGAAAAAGAGAAAGGUGGACUUGGGACAGGCUUUGCCGUCGUCGCAACUAUAGGCGUCGGUAUUGGGGCUGCCUUGUAUUACUUCAUCAACAAAGGAAGAGAAAAUCCAACAGCUGCGGGUUCUACCGCGCAGGGCUGGACGUGCGAUUCUCCCCACACUUUGCAUGUACGUGAGGAACCAAUAUAUAUAUCGGACGAUUCGUAUACCACUCUCUCAGAACACAGUACUACUGACACGAGCAUACUGGAAGAUAGUUUUACAUGUAAAUGCUUUAAUAAUAAUGAUUCAGAAAAUGAAACAUUCGAAAGUAACGAUUCAAGCUUCUCGGAGAGUCAAAGUAGUUAUAGUCAAUCCAACACAGACACCUCUAGAAGUAUGUCUGAUGAUGACGACAGUGAUGAAUCCGAUAUGUUCAACACAAUCACGUCUAGCAAUGAAUUAAAUGACUCUGAACUCUCUGAAUGGGAUGUAACGACGUCCUUAGAUUAUCCGAGCUAUGAACAACCAUUGUCAAGGAGUUACAUAGAAAAUUUUACUCGGAACUUACUUAUGUCACAACAGAGGGAUCAGAGAAACAAUCAAUUCAACUCACGCGAUAAUGAAGCAUUCCGCGAGCGCUCAUGGUCGCUCGAGGAGUGCUCCAUCUGCUGCGACGUCGUCCUCCGCGAUCAGGAGAUAAUGUCGCUGCCCUGCACGCACAAUUUCCACACCAAGUGCAUCUUACCAUGGUUGCAGGAGCAUCAGACAUGCCCCAAUUGCCGGAAGCCUAUCGACUGAUAAACCAAACAGUAUCUGUCGUUGACUUCUUUGACAUCUAAGAUGCGGUAAUGGAAAGUCCACGAAAAUCGAAAAAUGAAUAAAAAAAGAUAUAUUGACUGGAAUCUGAAGAUUUGCUUCGUAUAAUUAAAAUAUCUUGUGUAAUGAUUAUAUUUUCAGAUCUUUGCCAAUAUUCAACAAAAAAAAAAAAAUUUUAAUAAUAAAUAAAUUUUAAAAAUUAAAAAUGUAAUAGCAAUAAAAUUAGGGAACAAUGAAUUACGGUCUUUUUAAUUUUCUAGUUAGAUUUAUUGCGUUAUGUAGGUUUAGAAAAAAAUAUGUUUAAAAUUAGUAAAAUAGAUGAAAUUCUCUGAAUAAAAAAAAAAUUACAAAAUAUAAAUGAAAUUGUAGGUAUAAGAUAUAAAAAGUAUAUUUGUAACGUGUAUGUAUACUUUCUUCAUCUGGACAAAUGAUAAAAAUAAAUGCUCUCAAGAAACUAGACAAUACUGCCUUAAAACAUAUAUAAAUAAUAUAAUAUUAGUUGUUGACAGAUUAAAAAUACUAAUUGACACCUUAUACCUUCAUGCUUCUUUUCUUUUUUUAAAUAUUUAUUUCUAUAUUUCUUCUGUCCAUGACACAAACUCAAACGGCUCAUUUAAAAUUUCGAACAAUAUUUUUAUAUUAUCGUAGCUUAAUAGUACAUAUUUAUUUUAUAUUUUAAAGUUUUUAAUGUAUUUGUGAUUAGGCGUGUGAACUGGCAAUUUUGUAAGGAAAUUAAAAAAUAAAUUGCAAAAUGACAUUUAUUCUUUUAUUAUCUAUAUUUUUGAUGUUGAUAUCAUUUUAAAACGUCUGUUAUUUUAGGAUCAAUAAAAUUUAAUAUCGGUUUAUUGCGAGUUCACAAGCAAAUAUGUUUUAUUUUUUUAAAAAAUAACUCGUAGACACUUAGUUUUAUUAUAUUGUGACAUAUCACUUCAAUUUGUCAUUAUUGUAGAAAAAAACGAAUAAUUCUAAUGUGAUAUUGAACUAGCUGGCUUAGUAAUAAAUUAUCGAAAUAUUUUUUAAUAAAUUAAUACUGGG